AUGUAUGACACGGCGCAUGUUUGGUGGCUUGCUCUCUACCUUUGUGAGAGUCGAAGUCGCCUUUGCUACAGCAAAUUGUGGAAGACCGGGAAGGCGCGUGCCAUUGCCACUGGCGUUUGGGUGGUGCUUAACCUCUCUUGGUCACAAGCUUUGUGGUUUCAGCAGCGCCUUGAUGUUGUGAAGAGUCGCAUGUAUUGGGAUGUGCCUUUGGAGAUUGAGAACAACAAAGUACAAGAAGCUUUGACCAGCCAGUUUGAAAGCCUGAUGCAGCAAUAUCGUGUGUCUUUCCUAAGAGAAGACCUCAUGAAGAAUGUGGAGUCUUCUACAUAUACGGUGGUAAAAAGCGGCCAACGGUACCUUGAAAGCAUGAUUGAAGCACAUGUCGGUGACAAGCUUGCCGUGCCUGUUGACAAAGAUUCGAAGCGACGUGUGCUGAUGGAUCGUGCUGGAUAUCUGUACAGGUUGCAUGAAGGGUAUGUGGAAGAUGAGCGGUUUUAUGAGAAGCGUGAAGAGAUCUCCGUUGAUGAGCUUGGCAGCUACAGGCAAGUUGGAAAGCAGCUCAGACACUGCUCUGUUGGUUUCCUUUUCCAGCCCUGUGAGCUCGUAGAUCUAGUGCGUUCCUCUGCUGUGGACAAAGCAGUCUACGCAGAAAUGAGUAGAAAUUGGCGCAAUGGAGGUUCUCAGUCUUGGCGUCCAUUCGGCCGAAACCAACAAGGAGCUGAUGGAGGGCAUGUACCGAGGGAAGUCCUUGACUUCAUGCGAGAAGAGCAGAGAAAAAGAGCAGAAGAACGCCAAGCCAGUGAGAUGCAGAAGCAUGCGAAAGAUGCUGUGAUGCAGAUGUUUGGGGUGCAUAGUUCCGCUUCUGACGGAGCAGCUACGGGCAGCAUGCAAAAGUCCCAGCCCUUCGAGAUGCUCAAAUGGGUGGCCAAGAAGCUCUCUGGGAAUGGUGGAGAUCCGGAAACCAGUGGGACCAAGCAAAGGAAGCGGCGGAAGCGUAGCACAUCCAGCAGUGGCUCAUGCAGUAGUUCUACCUCCUUGCGAGCAUUCCGGAAGAAAGACAAGGACAAGCAGAAAAAGAAAAGCAAGGAUGAGAAGAAGAAAGCCAGAAGUGACAAGAAGGAGAAGAAGAUGGUGGAAAGAAAACUCAGGCCUUUGACGUCGAGCCCACUGUCUGUCGAUAAGCCCGUGAUGUCCAAAGAGCGCCGCGAGGAGCUCGUGAAGAAUCUCAAGCUUAAGAUUGCCGAGGACGUGCUCAUGGGAGAUGACUGGAUCACCGAAGUGGCUCAUGCAGCAAAGAAAGAUGAUCUCCAGAAGCUGGCUGAGAAGAAUGGUCUUAGCAAGACGGGGUCGAAGCAUGAAAUCGUCGAGAAGAUCAUUGCUUUCAUGUGCGGAAAGUGA